GUGCUGAUUUUUUUUUUUAAAGUAGCAACUCAUAAAGUUCCUCACUUUCCCCAAAAGGAGGCGCCUUUGAUGAGACUAAAAUAAACUGCUGCUGGGAGCUGUGUGUAAAGAAGGAAUUAGCCGUGUCCUGCGUGUGUCUCAUAUGCUGACUCUGUGGUCGCUUGCUGCUGCUCUUAAGUAGCUUUUUGGAUAUUGAAUCCAUUUUAAACUUUCUGCAAAGCAAGUGUUUGGGGUUUUGGUUUUUCCCCCCCUCCACUCCCCUGAAAGGAAGAAUGAUUCCUGAAAUCAGAGAGCUUUCCUUUUGCCUGGGAUUUUUGCUGCUUUUUAUUGCCUCUGAGAUUGAAGCCAGAGCUCGUGCAGAUAUGUUCUGUGAUUUUAAUGGCAAGAAGUACGGUCCAGGAGAGAGCUGGCAUCCCUACUUGGAACCUCAGGGGCUGAUGUACUGCAUCCGAUGCACCUGUCUGGAGAAUGUGAACGUGAGCUGUUAUCAAAUCCAGUGCCCAGCCCUGCAUUGUAUGAAUCUCAUCACUGACCCUCAGCAGUGCUGCCCUCGCUGUGCAGAGCCGCACACGCCGUCUGGCCUCCGGGCGCCUGAGAAGUCUUGCCAGUACAACGGGACAACCUACCAACCAGGGGAGAUGUUUACCACCAGCGAACUCUUCCCUUCCCGGCAGCCAAAUCAGUGUGUACAGUGCAGCUGCUCCGAAGGCCAGAUUUACUGCGGCUUGGUGACCUGCCCUGAUCUGUUGUGCUCCUCCCCUCUAAAUGUGCCAGACUCCUGCUGCCAAGUCUGCCAAGAUGGUUCCUAUGAGAAGUCCGUGGAAGAGGAGCCCCUGCAGUUAAACAGAGGUGUUAGACACUCUCAAGAGCAGUGCUCGGGGGAGAUGGGGAGCCAGAGAUCGCUUGGCGCGACUGCUUCCAGCGGGAUCCGUUCCUCGCUGGAGUUCCUUCCCAGGGGCUUCAAGCCAAAGGGCGGGGGAGGCGGCACCACCGUCAAAAUCAUCUUGAAGGACAAGCCCAAGAAAGCUUGCAUGUACAGUGGGAAGACCUACUCCCAUGGAGAAGUUUGGCAUCCCAUCUUCCGUCUCUAUGGAGUCCUACCAUGCAUCCUGUGUACCUGCAGGGACGGGAUCCAGGACUGCCAGAAGAUUACGUGUCCCAAGGAAUAUCCCUGUGAAUAUCCUGAGAAAGUAGAAGGGAAAUGUUGUAAAACAUGCCCAGAUGCCAAAGUCAAGCCCACUGAUGAAAUAAAUACCUCCCGAUGUGCCAAGAAUCUGAACCGGGUCUUGGUCUACAUGUUUGUGCCACCCAGCUCUGAGAGCCCAAAGGAAAAUCUGAGAAAAAUAGCAGUCGUGAAAGACUCUUCUGAAGAGGUGGAAAUGUACAGCUGGAAACUGGUAAAAGGAAUAUUUCAUUUGAUACAGAUCAAGAAGAUCAGGAAACAGGAGUUCAGCCCAGAAGCACAGAACUUUAGGCUGAUCACCAGAACAAAUGAAGGUCACUGGAACAUUUUCAGAGCCCAAACAUCAGGGCUUCAGAUGACAGAGAGUCCAGAGAAAGAAACAAAGAACUUGUAAAAAAAAACAAAUUUUAUAUAUUAAAUAUAUAUGAAAAAAGUUGCAUUAUUAAAUAAACUUGCACAGCAAUAAAAGGAAAGAAAGACAGCUAUCAACAAAAAACGUAAGCAAUUAAAGCAACGAGGACAACAGAUCUGCGUCGGAAACACGGCUACAACCAUGGAGGGACAUCCUUUGGAAUGUUCCAAGAGAUGGGUUGGGGGAGUCAGACCCUCGUCUCCUACUCAUCCAAGAUUUCAGAUGUGCAAAAAAAGAAGACGACAGGAGGGAGGCAACACACCUCAUGCACUGUGAAGAGAGAAAAUACAGGCUGUGGUUCCCAGCUUUGUAUCUCUAACCAGUAUCAUGGACUACCCGUGAAACAGCACAGGAGACUUGUUCCUUCUACCAUUAUCAUCUUAAAGGAGACCUGCUAAGAGAGAAAAUCUCCAUUGUUUCCUUUUUAAUAUGCAGAGCAUUUGUUUUGUCUACAAACUCUAUUGCUUUAGAAAUAUCAGCUCUUCAACUGUUUUAGCUGUAAGACUCUUUGGAGGACUGGAGAACUAGUGAUGUUAUAAUCCCACAUAACAUCAUCACGGCAAGUCUCCAAGAGAUGGAGCCCCUCUGCAGACUAGCGUAGGCCCUAAUUCAGCCAGACAUUCAAGUACAGGCCAAACAUUAAUCCUAUGAAUAGUUGCACAUUCUUCAGUAGAACUAUUCAUAUUCAUAAAGUUAGGUGACAUGCUUAGGUUCCUGGCUGAAUCACGGUCCUAAAUAGGGACAACU